AUGAAGAUUAAAAUUAUCAAAUAUAGUAAAGAUAAAGAAAUCGCAAACUCGGGCAAAUUGGAUGAUCACUUUAAAGAAUAUAAAUCUCAAUUUAAAGAUAGUGAAUAUUUGAAAUGGAUGUUUGCGACUUCAAAUAAUUUUAAAGAAUUGGAAAAAAAUUUCAUCUUUGUUGCAAUAUCUUAUGUAACAGAAAUUGAUAUGCAAGUUCCAGAAACUAUUAUUGAAGUUGAUAAACCUACCUUUUUUGAGAACUUCUUGUUGAAAGCUAAUCGUACACAAAAAGAGCAACGGUUGAAUGGAAAAACUGUUAUCUAUAAAGCAGAUUUAGAUUUAUUUACGCAAGAUAAAGAAUUAAUUGAUAAAUAUAAAGAAAUACAAAUCGGUGGAAUUGUUUCUUUUGCUCACGAAUACAAUUCUAACGAAAUAACAAAAACUGAUUGCUUUAUAUUAAAUUUUAACGGGAUCAAUAGACUCUCACUUUCUAAUAAUUCUUUGAAGAAGUUUAAUUAUCCAAAAAGACUCAUUAUUGAAUUAGAUGCUUUAUAUAAAAAUAAAUCUUGGAUGUUGCGAAUUAAAAAUUGUAUUUUUGAUCAUUAUUUUUAUGUAGAGCAAUACAGAGAAGGAAUUCAUGUUAUGCAAUUAUAUGAUCUAAGUACCAUGCAAAUACAACAGUCUUUUAACAUUUUUGAAGAAAAAAAAUACUCAAAUAAGUAUGGCAAAUCCAUAUUAGCUAUUUCAAAAAACAAGCAAAUGAUUGCUUUUUCCUCUGGAUAUGGAAAAUUGUCUCUUUAUUUAAUAGAAAAUGGUCUAGAAAUUAUUUGUAAAGAUUUUGGAGGAGAUACAAAAAUAAUAGCUUCCGAUUUUAAGGAUGAUAACCAAUUAAUGAUAAUUAUUAACAAAGCUAAACACACUGGUAUGAAACUUUUACUUUGGAAUUUAUAUACAGAUAUAUUUCAGUAUGAACAAGAAUUACCCGGAAUUGAUAUUAGUAUUUUUAAUAGUGCAAAAAUUUCUGGCAAAUACGUAUCUGUUAAUAAAUAUGGUAGAAUAUUAUCAAUAUAUGAUAGUUUACAAAAAUUAGCUAGUGAAGAAGAAAGAAAAAAAUAUUAUCACUCACCAACAAAAAUUAAAUUAUAUAGUGAUGGUGUAUGUAUAGUAGAUAAAUCAAAUGAAAUGAAAGUAUUAAAACAAGAAUAUCAUAUUGUUUAUCAUCAAGAUCUUUCAAAAAAUGAAGCACAACCUCUCAUCGAUAAUAUAGAACCAUGGUUAACUGAUGAUUAUGAAAAGAUAUUUGUAUAUCUAGACCGAAAAGAAUCAAAGCAGUUAUAUAUUGGAAAAUGUACAGUUCAAGUUUGGUGCAAAAUCGAGCAAAAAGAAAAUUUUAUUCUUAAAUAUUUUUGGGUUAAUGAAGAUAAUGAAAAUAAAUAUACAUUAGAAAUAUCAGAAUUAAACAUUUAUGAAAAUGGUUUUUCUCUUAAAUUGAAAAAUAACUUUCAGAUUAAAUGGUUUUAUAAUGAUAAAGAGGACACUAAUUUAAUCAGAUAUGCUUGCGAUGCCCUUGAAUAUCUAAAUUAUCAAAGAAAUAAAUUAAUUCGAUAUGAGAAUCAGCAUGUAUUUGAGGAAAUUAAGUAUUAUAUUUCCAUAAUUAUUUGGAGAUUUAUUACAAAUUAUCCUAACAUUUGGAAAAUUUUGGAUAUUCACUAUAAUCUUAUGGCAAAAAUUAUAAUUGGUGGCUCAAACUCUCUCAUUAAAAAUAUUCUGUUCGGCGAUGAAAAAGUAAAACAUAAAAAUUUACAUAUACCAAGAAUAACUCGAUGGAUUGAUUCUGGAAGAACCACUGAUAACAAUGAUUAUUUGACCACGGAAUAUAUUGAUAUACGUGAAUUAAGUGAUUUACAAAUAGCUAUCAAAUUAUACCUUGAAUGUAACCGUAGAAUUUUGGUUGUAACUUAUUUACUUGAAUAUUAUACAAAAAAUGCAACCAAAGAUCAUGGAUGGUUAAUUACUAUUUCAAAAGCAUUACCAGAUUUAUAUACAUAUAAAUUAGAGAAUUGUGUUAGCGAAUUAUUUUACAAAAAAUGCAUGGAAGGUAUAGAAAUAUCAAAUAUUAUUGAAUACACGGAUUUUAUGCCUGCAAAGUUACAAAUUACGUUAAAUGAAAAUAAGUUCGCAGCAUUUAAUCCAAAUUCGAAUCUCAAAACAAUAAGUGAUCCGGAAUUAAAUAUUAAAGAUUUAGGAAGUUAUUUGAAAUUGAAAUUAACAGAACUUUAUGUUAAAAUUUUUUCAAGUAAUUAUGAAAAUUAUUCUUCAACUGUAAAAAUAGUUCCUUUACAUAAUUUUACUGUUAAUGGCAUAUCUAAAAAAACUUAUGAGCAUGAAGAUAAUGCAGAAAAUAUAUCACAACUUAGUCCAUUUGUUCAAAUCAUUAGAUCAGAAAGUAAUAAUGAUAUAUUUAAUAACCCUGUAAUGGAAGCUUUUGUUUCGCAACUAUUUGUGGAAAUUACGUGGCACAUUCUGAAGCAACAGGAUAUCACUUUUAGACAUCAUGAUUGGAGAUAUUAUAUUAAUUUAUUUAAUUGUGCAGAUUUAGUAUCAACUGUCACUGCAAUUGUUGUAAUUUCAGUUUGUGUUAUUCCUUCAUUUAAUACUAAAAAUGCAUUUGCUGAUGCUAAGACUAGCCAAGCAAAAACUGUUGCAAUUUCUUUUACGAUGUUAUUACUAUGGUUUGAAUUUAUUCUAUAUCUUCGGUUGCUAUCAGAACCUGCAAAAUACAUCUAUAUCAUGUUAAAUAUUAUUAAAGAGACUUGGAUGUUUCUUUCUUUUAUGAUUCUUAUUAUCGCUGGAUUAGCACAUAGUUUUUUACUAUUAUUACAAUAUCCUGACUUUACAAAUCUUACAGAAAUUAAAUCAUCAUCUGAAGAUAACCCUGCUGAAAAUUUCAUUACUUCAUUUCUUUCAACAUACAAUUGGUUAAAUGUAACCAUUUUACAAAAUAUGUUUAUUGCUUUUAUGGGGGGUGUAUAUUCUAAAGCAUAUGCGAAAGGUCGUGUUGCUCUACUACGAUUUCGUGCAGAAUCAAUUUCUGAUUAUGAAACAUUAGAUGAAAUAUAUUUCUAUCCUCCAUCACCAGAACCAAAAUAUAUUUAUUAUAAUGGUAAAUCUAAAAGUAAUGAAGAAUGGGAAGCGAAAGUUAAAAAAUAUAGUGAAAGGAACUUAUAUGAUGAUUAUGAAGAAAAAAUAAUUGCAAGACCAUUAUCAUAUGAAGAAGAUAAUUAUUCCAGUGAUUAUACUAAUUCCGAAAAUGAAAAGAAGAAUGAUGAAACAAUUGAUGGAGAGCUUAAUAAGGUUGAUGUAAAAGGGAAGAAAAAAGAAGUUAGUACUAACAAAGUUGUUGAGAAAGGAAAGGAAGAAGAAAUUAAUCUUAAUGAGCUUAAUAAUAAGAUUAAUGAUUUUAAUAUUAAACUGAACAAGAUUGAUGAGGUUGAUAGAAAGAUUGAUCUAGUUUUAGCAUCAUUAAACAAGGUCUAG